AAGAAGAAGUAAAAGGACUGAGAAAUCACAGCCAUUCAAAUUCUUCCGGCAGCUUUUGCUUGAUCUUUCUCUCACUCCCACUCUCCAUCAUGGACAUGAGAAAGAUCUCCUGCGCCAUCAUCGUCGCUGCUGCCUUAGCAAGCGCAGUCCUUGCUGCCGAGGAGAGCUUGGCCCCAGCACCUGGGCCCGCCAUGCACAGUGGGUCUGUUGCGGUUGCACCCGCCCUCGGGCUAGUUGGGGCCUCGAUCUUGUCCUUCUUUGCCUUUUACUUGCAGUAGGCCUCACGAGAAAAAGAAGAAAGAAGACUCUAAGGGAGGAUAAGAAGAGAAAGGCAUGCUGGUUGUAUUUUUCUUUUUUAUUUUUCCUUUUAUUUAUUUCUUCUUUUUUCUCUUACAUUGAUCUGGAUCAUCAACUGUCCGAUCAGAUUUGUAUCCGUUCAUUUUUGUGAAGAACGGGAAUGCAAUAAAGAAGCAUUGUUCUAAAAAUUUAGUGUGUUUUGGUGAUGAGGCAAGAUCACCUACAACCUCCUGCAUGGGAACUUCACAUGACAAUAUACCAAGUAAUGUCUGUGG